AAAUGAUGGAAGAAUUGCAUAGCCUGGACCCACGACGGCAGGAAUUAUUAGAGGCCAGGUUUACUGGAGUUGGAGUUAGUAAGGGGCCGCUCAAUAGUGAGUCUUCCAAUCAGAGUUUGUGCAGUGUGGGAUCCUUGAGUGAUAAAGAAGUAGAGACGCCUGAGAAAAAGCAGAAUGACCAGCGAAAUCGGAAAAGAAAAGCUGAGCCAUAUGAAACUAGCCAAGGGAAAGGCACUCCUAGGGGACAUAAAAUUAGUGAUUACUUUGAGUUUGCUGGGGGAAGCGGGCCAGGAGCCAGCCCUGGCAGAAGUGUUCCACCAGUUGCACGACUCUCACCGCAACAUUCCCUACCCAAUCCCUUACCGCGGCGAGUAGAGCAGCCCCUCUAUGGCUUAGAUGGCAGUACUGCGAAGGAGGCAGCAGAGGAGCAGUCUGCUCUGCCAGCCCUCAUGUCAGUGAUGCUGGCAAAGCCCCGACUUGACACAGAGCCGCUGGCACCGAGAGGAGCUGGGCUGUGUUUCACUUUUGUAUCAGCUCAACAGAACAGCCCCUCCUCUACAGGGUCUGGCAACACAGAGCACUCCUGCAGCUCCCAAAAGCAGAUCUCCAUCCAGCACAGACAGACACAGUCUGACCUCACAAUAGAAAAAAUAUCUGCACUAGAAAACAGUAAAAAUUCUGACUUAGAAAAGAAGGAAGGAAGAAUAGAUGAUUUAUUAAGAGCCAACUGUGAUUUAAGACGGCAAAUUGACGAGCAGCAAAAGAUGCUAGAGAAAUACAAAGAACGAUUAAAUAGGUGUGUCACGAUGAGCAAGAAACUGCUUAUAGAAAAGUCAAAACAAGAGAAGAUGGCAUGUAGAGAUAAGAGCAUGCAGGACCGCUUGAGGCUGGGCCACUUCACUACUGUCCGGCACGGGGCCUCCUUUACUGAACAGUGGACGGAUGGCUAUGCUUUCCAGAAUCUUAUCAAGCAACAGGAAAGGAUAAAUUCUCAGAGGGAAGAAAUAGAAAGACAGCGGAAAAUGCUAGCAAAGCGGAAACCUCCUGCCAUGGGUCAGGCCCCUCCAGCAACCAAUGAGCAGAAACAACGGAAAAGCAAGACCAACGGCGCUGAGAAUGAAACGUUAACAUUAGCAGAAUACCAUGAGCAAGAAGAAAUCUUCAAGCUCAGAUUAGGUCAUCUGAAGAAGGAGGAAGCAGAGAUCCAGGCCGAGCUGGAAAGGCUAGAAAGGGUUAGAAAUUUACAUAUCAGGGAACUAAAAAGGAUACAUAAUGAAGAUAAUUCACAAUUUAAAGAUCAUCCAACGCUCAAUGACAGAUACUUGUUGUUACAUCUUUUGGGUAGAGGAGGUUUCAGUGAAGUUUACAAGGCAUUUGAUCUAACAGAGCAAAGAUAUGUAGCUGUGAAAAUUCACCAGUUAAAUAAAAACUGGAGAGAUGAGAAGAAGGAGAAUUACCACAAGCAUGCAUGUAGGGAAUACCGUAUUCACAAAGAAUUAGAUCAUCCCAGAAUAGUUAAGCUGUAUGAUUACUUUUCACUGGACACUGACUCGUUUUGUACAGUAUUAGAGUACUGUGAGGGAAAUGAUCUGGACUUCUACCUGAAACAGCACAAAUUAAUGUCGGAGAAAGAAGCCCGAUCCAUUAUCAUGCAGAUUGUGAAUGCUUUAAAGUACUUAAAUGAAAUAAAACCUCCCAUCAUACACUAUGACCUCAAACCAGGUAAUAUUCUUUUAGUAAAUGGUACAGCAUGUGGAGAGAUAAAAAUUACAGAUUUUGGGCUUUCCAAGAUCAUGGAUGAUGAUAGCUACAAUUCGGUGGAUGGCAUGGAGCUAACGUCACAAGGUGCUGGUACUUACUGGUACUUACCACCAGAAUGUUUCGUGGUUGGGAAAGAACCACCAAAGAUCUCAAAUAAAGUUGAUGUCUGGUCAGUGGGUGUGAUCUUCUAUCAGUGUCUUUAUGGAAGGAAGCCUUUUGGCCACAACCAGUCCCAGCAGGACAUUCUGCAAGAGAAUACUAUCCUUAAAGCUACUGAAGUGCAGUUCCCACCGAAGCCAGUAGUAACACCUGAAGCCAAGGCGUUUAUCCGGCGAUGUUUGGCAUACCGAAAGGAGGACCGCAUUGAUGUCCAGCAGCUGGCCUGUGAUCCCUACUUGCUGCCGCACAUCCGAAAGUCAGUGUCCACAAGCAGCCCUGCUGGAGCUGCUAUUGCAUCGACCUCUGGGGCCUCCAAUAACAGUUCUUCAAACUGAGACCUAGGCCGAGGCCACGCCUGUUCAGCGCGCGAGGUGGAAGUGGCAUGGAGCAGCGGGUUUGGAACCUAGCAAAUCCGAACGGAUCUCAUGAAACCUGUACCAGGUGCUUUUAUUUUCUCGCUUUUUUCCCAUCCAUAGAGCAUGACAGCAUCGAUUCUCAUGAGGAGAAACGUUUGGGCAGCUCGGGCCCAGCCUCAGAGGAAGAGGCCCUAUCCAGGGUUCAGCGUCAACGGCCACUGUGCGUGGCUGCUCUGAGAGAGGAAAAAAAAAAA